AUGGCUCCGUCAGAAGAGGAGACUUGUCAGGCAGUCCUCGGGUUUGUUCUUGAUGGUGUCUACCCCGAGGAAUCAUUAGUCGCGGCAGAGUUCCCCGCAUCAGCUCUGGCAAAGGAGUUGGAGCUGAUCUCCCACGCACGAGAACAGGUGGAGAUCGAAAUUAGCUCAUUGAGCCGCGAGAACCAUAGCUUCGACGCCGAUGGCUGGAUUGACCAAGCUAAGCAUCUGCACAACGAUAUUGAACGAUCACGGCAAACGGCACGCGAGAUUGUUGCUCAGCAUGAGCAGACAGGCCCUUUACGCUCGCAAGUGGAAGAUGCGGCCGCCAAAGUGUCUUUGAUGGAAACCGAGAUCGCUUUCAACCAAGCAGUUGCAGAUACUCUUGAGGAAGUACAGCGGCUAUGCGAUCAAUUAGAACAGGGACGGUUGGCACUUGCGGCUGGGGAAAUCAACCGUGCAAUUGAGCUCCUGGACACUACCCAGUCAGGGAUUGGGAAAGACGCUUUCUUCACAAAUACCAACGUGAUGAGUAUUCUCUCUCUCGAAGUUGCGCGUUUCAAAGAGGAGGUAGAAAAUACAUUGAGCAUGCGCUGGAAUGAACAGCUCAAAAUAGACCGGCAGAGCGGUACUCUUGAAGUCGCUCGAGGUGCUGACGCAAACUCGCUCGACGAGACGAUACUUUCCAUGUCGCAAUUGGAUAUUUUUGGGCGUGCACGCGAGAAACUGAUCAAAGACAUUGGCAACGCUAUUCUCGAUGUGAUCACUUUACCGCGAGCCGAUGGACAAAGUCGCACAAUAAGUAUCACCAACAAUGGCCUCCACGUACACCAAGAAUUCUCAGAAGCAAAGGUGGGGAUGAUUUUGAGCCGAAUCACUGCGACCUUAGAUUUCUUGCGGAAAGAACUUCCAUCUGAAAUAGCCACUGCGCUUCCCGAAUCUUUGAUGCCUUCUCUCGUAUCCAAGCUGAUUUCAAAGUGGCUGGCGCCUGCCAUCCCGACUACUCUCGACGGGCUGAUCGAUUUCGAAAAGACUCUUGAGGACGUGACAGCUUUUGCCAUGAACAUUCAAUCCUGGGGCUGGGAAGGGACGGAGGAACUCACAUCAUGGGUCAAUCAGGCGCCCCGUAUGUGGCUCACGAGACGUCGGGUCGAUUCACUUGACAGCGUGCGUAAAGCGCUAGCUGCCAGUAAGGGCAUCACCAAGCAAGUUGAACAAAGAAGAAGACACCCCGCCGAGCCUGCCAACACCACUGGCAUGGACGAGGAAGAGGACGUCAGCGCUUGGGGUCUUGACGACGAGGAUGAUGAUGCUGUUGGUGAGACGGUAGACACAACCGGUACUGCCGAGACCGCCGUAGAUGAUGGCGCCGAUGAUGAUGCCUGGGGAUGGGGUGAUGAAGAGGCAGAGGACGGGGACAAAGACCCGACCAGUCACCACCGUGCCGACUCUACCUCACAAGAUGUGGCGGUUCAACGGCCGGCACAGUCUCCCACUUCCAGAGAGAUGACUUUGAGGGAGACCUACACAAUUACCGAUAUUCCAGAAUCUAUGCUUGACAUUAUUCGCCAACAAAUCGACGACUCGAAGGGAAUAACGAAGCCUCCAUAUUCAAAGUCCCGGGUGGCCUCCUCCGGUACUGGACUACUGGCGCUGCCCACAUUGAUUCUAGCCAUGUUCAAGGCCACUGCUUCUUCAUUCUACUCAUUGAAACUUGGAUCUGGCCAGAUGUACCUCUACAAUGACAGCCUAUAUCUGGCCGCCCAGGUUCGGGAGCUGAUGAUGGAACACGACCUGGCUCGACUUGGCGCUGACGUGGAAGCGCUUGAAAGGUUUGGCAAAUUCGCGUACGGCAAGGAGAUGCAGACGCAAAGCACAAUUGUCACUGAUCUUCUGGACGGCGCACAGGGCUUUGGGCAGUGCUCCGAGCAGCCAUUCAAGACCGAAUGUGAAAGUGCCGUGAGUGCAACGACGGAUCGCAUUCGGGAUGUGUACAAGGAAUGGAAGCCUAUUCUUUCGCAUUCUGCGCUUCUGCAGUCAAUCGGUUCUCUGCUGUCCACCGUGAUUAGCAAGAUGAUUGUUGAUGUAGAAGAUCUGGGUGAUAUUUCCGAGGAUCAGUCGAAGCAGCUUGUUGCGCUCUGCAAUGAAGUCACCAUGCUUGAGGAUCUGUUCACGCCAGAGGCGAAUGGAGAUGCUGAACCUGUGCCCGUCACCGCGGUAUACGUACCAAAUUGGCUCCGGUUUCAGUACCUGAUCAACAUUCUCGAGAGCUCGUUGGCCGACAUCAAGUAUCUUUGGCUGGAAGGCGAAUUAGGGUUGGAAUUCUCCACGGAGGAAGUUGUAGAUCUGAUCGAGGCGUUGUUUGCCGAAUCUGAACAUCGCCGGCGUGCGAUUGCGGAAAUCAAGCGUGCCCCGCGAGGCUUAUAG